CUGAGUUUCAGUUGGCUUCCUGGAGUUUGUGACAACAAAUGUUGAAUGUGUGUGUUCCAGUGUGAGCCUGUAGCUCUUUGUGUUCAGAAGGAUGCCCCAGUGCGUCAUCAGUGGAGUGAACUGAUAUAUUGAUUCAUUUGCUCUGUGCCAACCAUGCCCAGACCCUGGUGACCGAGAGGACACAUUUGCUUGAAGUGUUCUGGGAUUCAAGAAGCAGAUGCUGGCUGUCGGGGACAGAGCCAUGACCACGAUCCAGGACCCAAGAUGGCCACAGUCCUGACCUUUCUGCCGAUGAGUAACUGAGAGUGGGCCACACGAGCUCCAGUUUAUGAGUUUUACAGAAUGAAGAGUAGUUUUGCAGAAACAAGAGGACAACACUGGGAUCAGCUUUGACCUGUCCUUUUGGAAACAGUAUCUUCUACUGACAUAUAGACAGUGGAAAGCUUUUAUUCAUAACAAUGAAUUUCAUAAAGGAUAAGAGUCAAGCCCUCAUUCAAAGGAUGGGAAUGACUGUUAUAAAGCAAAUUACAGAUGAUCUAUUUGCACUGAAUGUUCUGAAUUAUGAAGAACUAAACAUCAUUUGCUGCGAGAAGGUUGAGCAGGAUGCUGCAAGAGGAAUCAUUCACAUGAUUCUGAAGAAGGGUUCAGAGGCCUGUAACCUCUUCCUUACAUCUCUUGAAAAGUGGAACUAUCCUCUAUUUCAGGACUUAAAUGGACAAAGUCUUUUUCAUCAGAUGUCAGAAGAAGCCUUAGAUGAUCUGGCUCAGGAUUUAAAGGGCUUAUAUCAUACCCCAUCUUUUCUGAACUUCUAUCCCCUGGGUGAAGAGAUCGACAUCAUUUUUAAUUUGAAAAGCACCUUCACAGAACCUGUUCUGUGGAAGAAGGACCAGCACCAUCACCGCAUGGAGCAGCUGACCCUGAGUGGUCUCCUGGAGACUCUUCAGAGCCCCUGCAUCAUUGAAGGGGAAUCAGGCAAAGGGAAGUCCACUCUGCUACAGAGAAUUGCCAUGCUCUGGGCCUCCGGGAAGUGUGAGGCUUUGACCAAGUUCAAAUUUGUCUUCUUUCUCCGCCUGAGCAGGGCCCAGGGUGGACUCUUUGAAACCCUGAGUGAUCAACUCCUGAAUAUACCCGACACAAUCAGGAAACAAACUUUCAUGGCCAUACUGCUGAAGCUACGGCAAAGGGUUCUUUUCCUCCUUGAUGGCUAUAAUGAAUUCAAACCCCAGAACUGCCCAGAAAUAGAGGCUCUGAUUAAGGAAAACCACCGCUUCAAGAAUAUGGUCAUUGUCACCACCACCACCGAGUGUCUGAGGCAUAUCAGGCAGUUUGGUGCUCUGACUGUGGAGGUGGGGGAUAUGACUGAGGACAGUGCCCAGGCUCUUAUCAGGGAAGUGCUGAUAAAGGAGCUCGCUGAAGGCUUGUUGCUCCAGAUUAAGAAAUCCAGAUGCUUGAGGAAUCUGAUGAAGACCCCUCUCUUUGUGGUCAUCACUUGUGCAAUCCAAAUGGGGGAAAGUGAGUUCCACUCUUACACACAAACAAUGCUGUUCUGUACCUUCUAUGACCUGCUGAUACAUAAAAACAAGCCUAAGUAUAGAGGUGUAGCUGCGAGUGACUUCACUCAGAGCCUAGACCUCUGUGGAGACCUAGCUCUAGGGGGUGUGUUCUCCCGCAGGUUUGAUUUCAAACCUGAGGACUUGUCCAGCACGAAUGAGGAUGUCCUACUGACAAUUGGACUCCUCUGUAAGUAUACUGCUCAAAGGUUCAAGCCAAAGUAUAAAUUCUUUCAUCAGUCAUUCCAGGAGUACACAGCAGGACGCAGACUCAGCAGUUUGUUGACAUCUUGUAAGCCAGAGGAGGUGACCAAGGGGAACAGUUACUUGCAGAAAAUGGUUUCCAUUUCAGAUAUCACAUCUGUGUAUAGUAACCUACUCCUGUACACAUGUGGGUCAUCUGCUGAGGCCACCAGGAUCAUUAUGAAGCACCUUGCGGCAGUCCAUCAACAUGGCAGCCUCCUUGACCUUUCCAUCACCAAGAGGCCUCUCUGGAGGCAGGAGUCUCUGCAAAAUGUGACAAACACCACUGAGCAAGAAAUCCUGAAAGCCAUAAAUAUAAAUUCCUUUGCAGAGUGUGGCAUCAAUUUAUUUCAUGAGAGUAUAUCCAGAUCUGCUCUGAGCCAAGAAUUUGAAGAUUUCUUUCGUGGUAAAAGCUUAUAUAUCAACUCAGAGAACAUCCCUGAUUACUUAUUUGACUUUUUUGAACACUUGCCUAACUGUGCAAGUGCUCUGGACUUCAUUAAACUGGACUUCCACAGGGAAGCCACAGCUUCACAGGACAUGGCUACAGAAGACACGAGCAGGAUCCACCCAGAAGAGUCCUCAGAAACCUACAUUCCCAGCAGGGCCGUGUCUUUGUUCUUCAACUGGAAGCAGGAAUUCAAGAUUCUGGAUGUCACACUGCAGGAUUUUGACAAGUUGAAUAAGCAGGAUAUAAAAUAUCUGGGGAAGAUAUUCAGCUCUGCCACAAGCCUCAAAUUAUACAUUAAAAGAUGUGCUGGCAUGGCUGGAAGCUUUAGUUCUGUCCUUGGCACCUGUAAGAACAUUCAUUCCCUCAUGGUGGAAGCCAGUCCGCUCACCAUAGAAGAUGAGCAGCACAUCACAUUGGUGACAAACCUGAAAACCUUGAGUAUUCACGAUCUACAGACUCAACGGCUGGCAGGUGGUCUGACUGACAACUUGGGUAAUUUAAAGAAUAUUAUGAAGCUCAUACUGAACAACAUCAAGAUGAAUGAAGAUGAUGCUAUAAAACUAGCUGAAGGUCUGACGAACUUGAAGAAUUUGUCUUUACUUCGCUUGACCCAUUUGUCUGACAUUGGGAAGGGAAUGGAUUACAUAGUCAAGUCUCUGUCAUGCGAACCCUGUGACCUUGAAGAAAUCCAAUUAGUCUCUUGCUGCCUAUCAGCAAAUGCUGUGAGAACCCUAGCUCAGAAUCUUCACAAUUUGGCCAAACUGCGCAUUCUUGAUUUAUCUGAAAACUAUCUGGAAACGGAUGGAAAUGAAGCUCUCCAUGAACUGGUUCACAGGCUGAACCUCCUGGAGCAGCUAACAGCACUUAUGCUGCCCUGGGGGUGUGAUGUGCGAGUCAGCCUGACCAGACUGUUAGAGCAACUGGAGGGGGCCCCACAGCUUGUCAAGCUUGGACUGAAAAACUGGAGGCUCACAGAUGAAGAUAUUAGAAUUUUAGGAGCUGACAAUAUGGCUAAGAAGUCAAUUCCAUCAUCAAAAAUGGCAACACAAGGAGUUAAGUGUCUUAUCAGUGGUGGGUUCAAGGAGCUAUGGUGUGAGGGACCAAUCACCCCAAGACUUAGCAAGAGGAGAAGGAUAUUCUAGGAGAAGAGCACAAAGAAAGUAAAGACCGAGGAAGACCUUACCACCACUGAGACCUGGAACAGUUUAGUGUAGCCAGCGCAGAAGCCAAGACCCAAAAGCAACAGAACCAGCCUAACACCUAUGGCAGGAAAAAGAGGAACUUGAACCUUUUUGCAAGUAUUUGCUUUCCUGACCAGCUAUACUUGCCACACUAGGAGGAAGAGAGAAAAGAAAAGCACGAUGACACAAUGAAGGAACCUCAGAAAGGGCACUUGGCGAGUUACUAAAAUAAAAGCUCUUUAGCUGCUCCAUGUGGCCUCACUAGUUUGGGAAAACUCCCAGCUCAUCUGUUGCCUUCCAGACUGAUUCAUUCCCAUCCCUCUGUUUUUACAUACACAGUCACCAAGGGUUUCUUCUAAGUAAGAAAACUAAGGUUCAGACAGGUCAAGUGAUACCGUGUUGAAGAAGCGUGGCCUUUGAGCUGCAGAGGACUAGAGGUCAUCCAUGCCAAUGUGAGGACACAAGAACCUGGAGAGAGAAAGUGACUUGUCAAUGUUCAUGAACCAAUACCUUGAAUUUGAGAUUAGUCGGUUCUGCACGUGGACUAAAUACAUAAUGGAAAGGAAAAAGGGAGAGUGGAGCGGGGCGGCGGGGGGGAGUCUUGAUAGUCCAAAGAGAGAAUAGUGGUAAAAAUGCUGGUGCUAGAUUACUGUGGUAUUGGUGGGAGAUACUGAAUGGAUAAAGACAAGAAAACUGAAGUAGGCUGAAAAAUAACAGAAAAAAAAGCAUGAUAAAUGAACAACCACAGAAAAAGAAAAAUUAUGUGGCCUGGUGACUUUGUGCGAACUGUGGCUAGCACAGUUUUACAAAAAUACAGAUAUAUUCCUAUAGCAUUAAAAAAAAAAAAAAAGAAGAGUAAUUCAUCUCUUUAGCUCCUAAACCAAAAUUCUGCUCUGUCCCUUUCAGUGAGUCCAAAGACUUUUUAAUGUUCCUUUGUUCCAAGUCCCACCCAUUCCUGCUCCACUACCUGGCUCUAAAAACAGCAGAGAGAACAGAUUUAUUUUUCCAUUAUAUGAAUUACAAACCAGAAGUCAGGUAUUUUAAAAAAAUUUAUUAUGGGAACAUAUAUGUAACAUAAUUUCCCUUUUUAACCUUUUUUGAGUGUACAAUCCAGUGACAUUAAUAUUUACAAUGUUGUGCUGCCAUCACCACCAUCCAUUUCCAAAACUUUUUCAUUUCUCCCAAAAUAAACUCUAUACCCAUUAAGUCCCCCUUUCCCUCUCCUGGUUUAUUUCACUUAGCAUAAUGUUUUCAAGGUUCAUCCAUGUUGUAGCAAGUAUCAGAACUCCAUUCCUUUGUGCGGCUGAAUAGUAGUCCAUUGUACAUAUGUACCACAUUUUAUCUGUUCAUGUAUUUGAUGGACACUUGGGUUGUUUCCCCUUUUGGCUAUGGUGAAUAAUGCUGCCAUGAACAAUGGCGUACAAGUAUCUGUUUGAGUUGCUGUUUUAUAUUCUUCUGGUUAUAUACCUGGGAGUGGAAUUGCUGGAUCAUAUGAUAAUUCAAUGUUUAACUUUUUGAGGAACCAUAAAACUUUUCCACAGUGGCUGUACUAUUUUCCAUUCCCACUGUUUUGCUUUGAAGUAUAAUAUAUGAUAAAUUUUUACAAGGUGAAUACACCUAUAUACUAACACCCAGAUCAAGAAAAUGUUCGAUUACCAGCACCAUAGCGCCCUCCUCCCCAAGGGUAACCACUAUCCUGAUUUCUAAUAUCAUAGAUUAGCCUUGGUUGUUUUUGAACUUUAUGUAAAUGGAACCAUACACAAUUAUUUGUCUUUGUUUUCCUGAGUUGCUAUCACAAAUACCACAAAAUGGGCUGGCUUAAACAAUGGGGAUUUAUUGUCUCAUGGUUUCAGGGCUAGAAAGCCUGCUUUCUCCCAGGGUUGAUAGUGUUCUGGUACUGGUUUGCCACAAUCCUUGGGGUUCCUUGGCCUUCCUGUCUCAUGGCAAUAUCCUCUCCUUUUGCUUCUGGAAUCCUGCUGACUUCCAGCUUCUCCCUGUGGCCUUUUCUGACUCUGGAUUCUGGUUUCUCCUCUUUAUAAUCCAGUAUUCUGGAUUAAGGCCCAAUCCAGAUUUAUUCUCUUACAGUUCUGGAGGUCCAAGGUUCAAAAUGGUUUCACUGGGCAAAAAUCAAAAUUUUGGCAAGGCUGUGCUCCCAAUGGAGGCUCUAAGGGAGAAUCCGUUUUCUUGCCUUUUCCAACCUUUAGAGCCACAUUCCUUGCAUUCCUUGACUCAUGGCCCUUUCCUCCAUCUUCAAAGCUAACAGCAUAGCAUUUCAAAUCUGUCUCUGCUUCCAUCAUCACAUUGCCUUCUUUUUCUGUCGGUAGUCAAAUCUCCCUCUGCCUCCUUUUUAUAAGGACACCUGGAUACUUACAGGGUCCACUUGGAUAAUCCAAAAUAAUCUCCCUAUCUCAAGAUUCUUACCUUAAUCACGUUUUCUUUUUGCUAUAAAAAGUAACAUUCAGAGAUUCCAGGGAUUAGGCCCUAGAUAUCUUUGGGGGCCAUUAUUAAGUCUAUAAUACAUGGCUACAAAUAUGGAAAACUUACAGUUAUGUGUAUAUACAUGGGCUAGAAUACAUGCAUGUAUUCCUUGCUCUGUCAGCUGACAGGGCCUAGAAGCAAUGAUACCCCAGCUACCCCAGGGAGCAAUGAACACAAUGUCCAGAUCUUAGUUUCUAAUACCAUUCUCCAAAAAAAAAAAAAAGGGAAGCAGGAUGCCUUGGAAAACAG